AUGGAGUCGAACUUGAGCUUGCAGGUCACCUUGGCCCCCCAGGCACUGAUCCGAGAGGUACAGGAAGCAUUUGCUUUGCCGAUCAAAGUUUCUGUUCACAAUGCCGCAGAUUCACCAGUUACCAUCCUGAGAUGGGGUACUCCAUUGGACCCUCAAGCUGGUGUUCUCGGUGUUUUCGAGAUUUGUGACACAAUGGACCAACGGAAACUACCCGUUCCUACUAUUAUGGUAUCACGCAAGCUACCUGCCUCUGAGGAUGAUCUCGUUGAGAUACAAGCACGUCACACCAUUGAUGUAACAGUCAAUUUGCCGAUUCUAGGCCUCGAAAAGGGACAUGAAUAUUCUGUCCGUGCCCAGGGGACUUGGCAUGCAGUGUGGCCGACCGAAUUAUCCAAUGUGACUACAUCCCAACUCAGGGAUAACGAAGGUGCCAGUCGUGGGGACUUCCUUUCUAACGAAUCCUCUGUGAGCAUUGAGUGA